AUGGGCAGCAGGAGUCCACCCAAGCAGUGGUGUAGAGGUGACGAGACGCCUCGAUUCCUCAGUUUCCUUCUUUUUCCAUUCCUGGGCUGGAGGAAAUACCUGAAUAUGUGGAAUCCCAAUGCCAGGCAGCCAGGGCCAUAUCCACACCCCCCUAACAUCGGGUACCCUGGAGGUUGCAAUCCUGCCCAUCCACCACCUGCCACCCCUACCUUUCCUCCAGGUCCCUUUUCCACUCCCCCAGGAGCACCCCAGGGGAAUCCAGCCUUUCCCCCUGGUGGGCCCUGUCAUCCUGUGCCACAACCAGGGCAUCCAGGAUGCCAACCUUCAGGUCCCUACCCCCCUCCAUACCCACCACCUGCCCCUGGAUGUGUCCUGCGAAUACACUGGUUGGCUCCUGGCAUGGUAGGACCAGGAAUGGUGAUUGACAAGAAGAUGCAAAAGAAAAUGAAAAAAGCUCAUAAAAAGAAGCAGAAACACCACAAACAUGGCAAGCAUUCCUCUUCCUCCUCCUGCUCUUCCAGCAGUGACUCUGACUGAAUACAGGGCCUGGACCCUUCCCUCAAGUCUCUCCAGUUCUGCUCUCCCAUCAAGCUUCAGAUGCCAUCUUGUACUGGGGGAAAUUAGCCCUUGUGUCCCUCUCCCCGCCACCCCUGCAAUCUAAGCCUCACUCUGCUGUUCAACCCGAACUGGCUAGGGAAAAUGGGAAAAGAAUUGCCAUGGGCUAGCAAAGGCCGUCCUCCCACUGCUUGGAUAGAACUUUUAGCUGGUGAAUUUUGCAGAACUAUUUUUUGAAGAUGGUGAGAUUUGAGCUAAAUGCUGAAGACAAGUCUAAGAUCCGUAAAAUGUGAUUUUUUUUACUUUCUUUUGUAAUACUCAUGAUUGGGGAGAUGCUGUGGAAAUUUAAUUAUGGAAAGGAAAAAACGACCUGUACCUUUCUUGUAAUUGUGGCAUGCUUGGGUGAUUUAGUGGCAAAUAAACAUUUCCCAGCAGGC